AGCCGUCCAGUGGAGCCAGAGUGCCUUUUGUCUGUUGAUACGAUCAGGGGACUGGAGAAAGUGAAGGAGCUUGAGAGAGAGUUUUUCUGUCAACCUCUCUGCCUCUUCUUCCUGCCGCCGCCGCCGCUGCUCUCAAGGAGACUUGAGCAGGGCUAUCUCUUUCCCUCUUUUCUGCUCCAACAGGGCAGACCGUUCACCAUGAAGGGCACAGAGCAGAGUAGAGGAUGUCCGCAGAUGCGUUUGGAGCUGGGGGCAGCGAUGCCCAGCAAACCCUGCAGUCCUUCUGGCCUCGUGUCAUGGAGGAGAUCAGGAACCUGACUGUAAAGGAUUUUCGUGUGCAGGAGUUACCUCUGGCUCGAAUCAAGAAAAUUAUGAAGCUGGAUGAGGAUGUCAAGAUGAUCAGUGCAGAGGCGCCGGUCCUGUUUGCCAAGGCAGCUCAGAUCUUCAUCACAGAGCUCACCCUCAGAGCAUGGAUCCACACCGAGGACAACAAGAGACGUACGCUACAGAGGAACGACAUUGCCAUGGCAAUAACAAAGUUUGACCAGUUUGACUUCCUGAUUGACAUUGUGCCCCGGGACGACCUGAAGCCACCUAAACGACAGGAGGAGAUGCGUCAGUCGGUAGCUCCAGCAGAGCCCGUGCAGUACUACUUCACUCUGGCCCAGCAGCCUGGAGCUGUGCAGGUACAGGGCGCACAACAGGCCCAGCAGCCCGGCGCACAAACAGCCACGACCAUCCAGCCUGGACAGAUCAUCAUCGCCCAGCCACAGCAAGGACAGAUGCUGCAAGGUGCCACCAUGCAGCAGUUACAGCAAGUGCAGGUGCAGUCACAGGGCACACCCAUCACGAGUGCGCCCGUGGCCAUGCAGGUGAGUGAGGGCCAGCAGGUACAGAUUGUCCAAGCCCAGGGUCAAGCACAGGCAGCUCAAGCCCAAGGCCAGACCAUGCAGGUCAUGCAGCAGAUCAUCACCAACACAGGAGAGAUCCAGCAAAUCCCAGUGCAACUAAACACAGGCCAGCUACAAUACAUCCGUCUAGCCCAGCCUGUCUCCGGAGCACAAGUGGUCCAAGGACAGAUUCAGACUCUUGCCAACACCCAGCAGAUCACACAGGCAGACGUGCAGCAAGGACAGCAGCAGUUCAACCAGUUUACUGACGGACAGCAGUUGUAUCAGAUUCAGCAGGUGACGAUGCCAGCGGGACAGGAGCUGACCCAACCGAUGUUCAUACAGUCCACCAACCAGACAGCUGACGCACAGGUCACGCAGGUCAGCACCGAAUGAGCUCAACCAGGAACCUUUUCUCCACACACACCACAUGCAUACCAGCCCAUGUGACGCCGACAGAUGCCACCAACUUCGACAAUGGACGCUUGAUAACCUUGAUUUUAUUUUUUGUAAUAAAUUUAGUACACUGGAUUUAAAAAAAAACAAAAAAAAACCCAAAGGGACACUGAUUGACUCAUAUGUUAACUUUCAUCCAUACUUAGACAACUUUUGUACACACAUCUGUAGAGAAAAUAUUCAUCCACUGCCACAGUCCCUAUACACAGACCAACUGAAUUCUUUCUCAUGUCCAAGUUUAAAAGAUUUUGAAAACAUGAAAAAACAGUGUGCUUUAUUCCUGGCGCCUCUCCAUUUGGAAAUGAAUGAACUGAAAGUGGAAAUGUCCGUCUCUUUCUACAUGACCUGGCAUGUCUGCAGUUAAAGGAAGCCAUGGGAUUCCUCACCUCCUGCUUUCCUUCUGGGAAAACAUGAAUCAUACCCUCUUUUGUUGUUUUUCAACUAGUUGAUUGAUAAAGUGAAGCCAUAUACCUCAGAUAUCACUUUUUACAGCAGGUCAAUCCAAUGGAUCUCAAGAAGAGGUUGUAAGGUUAAAUGAUAAAUUUCAUGUAGUAUCUUGUUUCCCACAUUGACGAUGAAGCGUGACUUUAUGUUGAAAGGGCUUCAAACUGUAUAGGUUCAUUGUGUGUGUGUGUGUGCUUGUAUUUCAAGCACCCUCAUCACUGUCAUCUUUACUCUUCCAUUUUGUUUCUUCAUUCACUCUUUCUUCACCCCUCUGUCUUUAGAGCAGGGAAUCUCCUCUCUGCUUCUAUGCAGUUUCACACAGCCCUCUCUGCCCGGGUGGUUUUGGAGUCUUGUGCCCUGGUUUAAGUCUCAUGUACAAACUCAUGACUCUGUCUGGAGAAAAACAAACACCCUUUUUAUAGAACUCUCAUUUUCCCCCCAAUUCAAGUGUUUUUCUUUAGGUUUUGAGAUGAUGUUUGGCCUCAUAUCUUCCCCAUCAUUUUUGUACAGUAAUGAUUAUUAUCAAUGUUAUUAUUGUUUUUGCAUGUAGUUCAAACUGCCAGCAUGACAUGCAAUAGAUAGGUACAAUUUUAUUUUUAACGUUCCUUUUUGUAAACAAACUUUGUUUGUGAGAAAAAAUAAAAACCAUAACUUGUGUAA